AUGCGGCGGCACAAGCGAUGGCCUUUGAGGCCUCUCGCCAGUGUUUUGGUUCGUCCACACUUGUUCUCCUCGGCGGCGGAGACAGUCGGUGCUUCAACGUCUACGGUGGCGGCUUUCCCGUUGAAGCACGUGAAGAGGUCAGACUUCGAGACGACGCUGACUGAGCUGCGUUCACACGUCAAGGCUGCUGAUUUCGUGGCGAUCGACCUAGAGAUGACUGGCGUGACUAGCGCUCCCUGGCGAGAUUCCUUGGAAUUCGACCGCUACGACGUCCGAUACCUCAAAGUCAAAGACUCCGCCGAGAAAUUCGCCGUCGUUCAGUUCGGCGUCUGCCCCUUUCGCUGGGAUUCUCACACUCAGACAUUCCUUUCUCACCCGCACAAUUUCUUUGUAUAUCCUCGUCAAGAGCUCGCAUUUGAUCCACCAGCUCAUGAAUUUCUCUGUCAGACGACAUCCAUGGAUUUCCUUGCAAAGUAUCAAUUUGAUUUCAACGCCUGCAUACACGAAGGAAUAUCUUAUUUGUCCAGACGACAAGAAGAAGAGGCGAGUAAGCGUUUGGAAAUGCUAUACGACGAGGAGGGCGUGGCUGAAACUGAGGAUGUAAAGUUGGUGCGACUAGCGGAUACUCUUUUCGCUGAGAGGAUGAAGAAAACGCUAAGUGAAUGGCGGUCUCAGCUGUUACAUGGUGGGAAUGCGUCGUCCUCUGAGUCUCAGAAGAUGUCAACCCAAAGCACUCAAACUGUGUUCCACCAUAUGCGUCCAGCUCUCCGUCUUCAGGGUUUCACUUCUCAUCAGCUCAGAGUUAUUCAACUGGUUUUAGGAAAGCAUUUUGGAGACCUUGUGUACAUACAUGCAAAUGAUGAUAAAAGUUCUUGUUCGCAAGACUUUGUUGUGUACACUGAUUCAGAAUCCGAUAAGGAUAAUCUCUUGGUAAGUAUUCUACAGAAGGAGGCAAAGGAUGAACGCAAGAGAGUGGCGGAAAGAAAAAUACAAUCUGCAGUUGGGUUCCGUCAAGUAAUUGAUCUGCUUUCUUCAGAAAAGAAGUUGAUCGUUGGUCACAAUUGUUUCCUGGAUAUUGCACAUGUAUACAGCAAAUUUGUGGGUCCUCUUCCUUGGACAGCUGAGGAAUUUGUCGCCUCCAUUAACAACCACUUUCCUUACAUUGUUGACACCAAAAUACUCUUGAACGUGAACCCAAUGUUGCAUCAGAGGAUGAAGAAGUCCAGUACAUCACUAUCCUCCGCCUUCUCCUCGUUGUGUCCACAAAUCGAGUCUUCUUCGAGAAGCUCUGACCCGUUCCUUGAGAAGCGUGUCAAGAUUGACGUCGAAGUAGACAAUGUUAGGUAUUCUAAUUGGAAUGCAGGUGGAAAACACGAAGCCGGUUAUGAUGCUUUCAUGACAGGUUGCAUCUUUGCACAGGCGUGUAGUCAUCUAGGGUUCGACUUCAAACAUGAUUCGCAAUCAGAGAACUUGGCACAGAACGAGAAACUUGAAAAGUACAUGAACCGUCUUUAUCUCAGCUGGACAAGAGGCGACAUCAUCGACCUUGGAACAGGCAACAGUAAUGCAGAGAACUGGCGAGUCUCAAAGUUUAAGUACGAGAACAUCGUCCUCAUCUGGAACUUCCCACGGAAACUCAAGGCUAGAGAGAUCAAAGAAUGCAUCUGCAAAGCCUUUGGCUCGACUUCCGUCACUUGUGUCUACCACAUUGACGACACUGCGGUUUUCGUCUUGUUCAAGAACUCGGAACUUGUUUCGGACUUCCUAACGCUCAAGCAGCAGCUGGAGUCAGAUGAUGGGCCUGUCACCAUCCUUCACCCACUCUCCAAGAUCCUUCAAGGAGGGAACACUGGAGCUGCAGAUUACGAAGCCUACAAAGAGAUUUGCAGCUCACACAUCUCUAAGAUCCUAUUCUCUGACCAAGCUGAAACAGUUGGUGUUAAAUCUAGAACAAGACCCGAACCCAAAGGUGAGACAAGCUCUGAGACUGAGAGAAGAGAGAACAGGGUCGGUGUGACUAACAAUGCAUCGGAUUUAAUCGAUGCUUUUUUGGCAAAUAGAGUUCAAGUCGAAGCUGCUAGGACCAAUUAA